GGCUCCAUAGUCGUUAAUGGACACAUGAUGAUGGGCUGGAGCAGGAGCUGAAUCUGGAGGCUGAAGACAAACAACUGAUGUUAGUGGAGUGAGAUUCAUGUUUUACAGUGCAGAGUUACAGUGUGAUUCCUGCUGACCUGACUGAAGCAGCGUUACUACAAGUGAGUGAGUGAAGGACGAUGGCAUCUGCUGAACAGCAUUAUGACACACGAGAUGAGAUGGAAGAAGACAAGCUGAAACACAAGGAAGUCCAGAUGUGCAGCAGCACUCGCAGUGAAGUCGGUGUUGGUGUGAAUGCUGAAACUGGAGCAACUGCAAAUGUUCCUGUACUCACUGGAAACAUCAUCACAGGUCCAGUGACCUUCAUCAUGAACCCUGCAGGAAAUGCACCACAAAAAGCCUCAGAGAGAGAGAAGGAGAAGCACACAGUAGAUCAAGGCUCAACUGCAGAGGACAAUAAAGCUGCUCUUCAUGAGAUCAGCCACAGACUGAAGGUCAAAUUAAAACAGGAGUAUGAACGAAUAUUGGUUGGUAAUUCUCAGAUGGGUCAUCAGAAAUACCUGAACAAUAUUUACACUGAUCUAUAUAUGGUGGAGAAUGAGACUGGAGGAAUAGUGAGUGAGCACGAGGUGAGACAGAUCGAAUUCAAACAAUUUGAUGCCAAGGACACAUCAAUCCAGUGCAAUAACAUUUUUGCAGUCCAUGAGGGUCGACGAAACAGAAAAGUGCUGACGAUGGGCAUCGCAGGGGUAGGAAAAACAGUCUCUGUCAAUAAAUUCAUCAUUGACUGGGCUGAAGGAACAGAAAAUCAGGAUAUUGCAUUAAUUUUUCCUCUUACAUUCCGUCAGCUAAAUUUGAACACAAAAAACUGCAGUCUAAUGGGACUGCUUCACAAAUACUUUAGUUAUCCUAAAAAACUGGCCUUUCUUCCUGAUGGUGACGGUAAAAUCAUGUUCAUCUUUGAUGGGCUGGAUGAAUGUCGCUUCUCUUUUAACUUUAAAGAGGAUGACGAAUUUACAGAUGUUCACAAAGAAACAACAGUGAGUAACAUAGUUACAAGCCUGAUCAAGAGACAACUGGUUCCUUCUGCUCUCAUCUGGAUCACAUCCAGACCAGCAGCAGCUGGUCUGAUACCCCGAAACUACAUUGAUCAGGUGACAGAGGUGCGAGGAUUCAACGAUGAGCAGAAAGAGGAAUACUUAAACAAAAACAGCAGUCCUGAGGUUGCUGGAAACAUCAUCCGUCAUAUCAGGAAAUCCAGGAGCCUGUACAUCAUGUGCCACAUCCCCGUCUUCUGCUGGAUCUCUCUCACUGUUCUUCAGCCUCUACUGGCUCGAGAGAGCAAUGACAAAACACCCACAACUCUCACAGGGAUGUACACAAGCUUCUUACUUACUCAGCAGCAACAGAUGACAGCAAAAUACAGUGACGAUCCUGAACCUGAAGCCAAUGCCAGGUCUUUUGAUCAGAUUAUUCUGAAGCUUGGGAAACUGGCCUUCCAACAGCUGGAAAAAGGAAAUCUGAUUUUCUACAAAGAAGAUCUUGUGGAAUGUGGAAUAGAUGUCAGUGAAGGGUCGGUGUUCUCUGGGUUAUGCACUCAGAUCUUUCAGGAGGAAAAAGCUGUUUCAGCAAGAAACGUUUACAGUUUUGUACAUCUCAGCAUCCAGGAAUUCCUUGCUGCUCUCUAUGUGUUUCUGAUUAGCAAUGAUGAGAAAGCAAAGCUACUUUUUCAAUCCCAGAGAGAAAAACUCACAUGGAAACUGUCCAGAAAGACACUGUUUCAGCUUCAUAAGGGUGCGAUCAACAAGGCUUUACAAAGCGAGAACAGACACCUGGACCUUUUCCUCCGGUUCCUCCUGGGUCUCUCUCUGGAGUCUAAUCAGAGUGACCUCAAGGAAUUAGUGCCAGGACUGGAACUCAAAACAGAGAACAUGAAAAACACUGCUGACUAUAUCAAAAAGAAAAUAGAGAAGGAGAAAUCAGUGGAGAGGACCAUCAAUCUCUUCCACUGUUUAAAUGAAAUGAAAGAUGACUUUGUAGGGGAAAUCCAAAAGAAUCUGAGCUCAGGAAAUCUUUCAGCACAGAAUCUCUCCUCUGCUCAGUGGUCUGGUCUGGUGUUUGUGCUCCUGAUGUCGGAAGAGACUCAAGAGAAGUUUGAACUGCAGAAACACAGAAGAUCUGAUGAAGCAGUGAUGAGACUGCUGCCAGUGAUCAAAAACACAAGAAAAGCACUGCUACAACGCUGUAAUCUCACUGCUCAGUGUUGUGAGAGUUUGUCAUCAGUUCUACAAUCCUCAAACUCCUUCCUGAGAGAGCUGGACCUGAGUAACAAUGAUCUAAAGGAUUUGGGAAUGAGGCUUCUUUCUGAUGGACUAAAAAGUCCAAACUGUCAGCUGGAGAUACUGAGAUUUUCCAUAUGUAAUCUCACUGCUCAGUGUUGUAAGAGUUUGUCAUCAGUUCUACAAUCCUCAAACUCCUUCCUGAGAGAGCUGGACCUGAGUAACAAUGACCUGCAGGAUUUGGGAAUGAGGCUUCUUUCUGAUGGACUAAAAAGUCCAAACUGCCAGCUGGAGAUACUGAGAUUUUCCAUAUGUAAUUUCACUGCUCAGUGUUGUGAGAGUUUGUCAUCAGUUCUACGAUCCUCAAACUCCUUCCUGAGAGAGCUGGACCUGAGUAACAAUGACCUGCAGGAUUCAGGAGUGAAGCUUCUUUCUGAUGGACUGAAGAGUCCAAACUGUCAGCUGGAGAUACUGAGGGAAAUGGUUUUAAAAUAAUUAACAAAAUGCUAUCACAAUAAAUGAUUGUCAACGAA